UAUUUUAAUCAAUGUUUUGUUCUCUGACAGUGUAUAAAGAAAGAAUCUUCAUAUCUGCUUAGUGUUUAGUAAAAAUCUCUGAUUUUUACCUCCCAGAUCCCACAGAUGUUCACACACCAGGUGAUUUCCUGGUUUUACUGCGUUUACCCACAUGUUUAACAGCAUUCCACCGUUUCUGAGUCGAGUCCCAGUGAGGAGAUAAGAAACAGAGGUGGAGAGAGGAGUAUAAAUGUCCUUUGUCUCUGUUGUCCCCCAGUGAAGAGACGUCGACUCCUUCACCAUGUUGCUCUCCUUGCUGCCGCUGCUGCUGCUGCUGGUCAGCGGUUCACAAGCUUCUAAUAUUCUGGGCGCCAUGAUGACCUACUACCCAGAGGAUACCUUUGCAGACGGCUCAGUUUCAGUGAUCCUUCGCUACAAGCUGAAUUAUGAUUUAUGCUCACAUAGUGAUACAUGGGUAUGCAGUGGGAACUGUGGAACAGAAACCCAGACGCUCGCCUUGUCUGACGUCGAGGAAGUAAGUGGUGAAUGGUGUCAGAGAGAAGGAGCGAUAACUCAUCUGCUCCCCAACAACACUGGAUUUCAGACUGUGAUGGCUAAUGGAAGCUGGAUCAAUAACCUACAAAAUGGGUAUAUAGUAAGGAGAGCUGUGACUGACGUUGAAGUGAGGAACCGGUCCGACAUCGGAAAACCCAACACAUCCCCACAGACCACCAUCCUCCCUGCUCUGAGAAUUCCUUCAAACUGUGCCAAAAACAUAGAUUUAUUGGCCUUUGACCCCGAUGGAGACGAAGUGAGAUGCAGAUAUGGAAACACAUUAGAUUCAGAGUGCGACCCGUGUACACCGCCGUCUGUCCUCAGCGUCUCAUCUAACUGUUCUCUGUCAUUCAGCCCCACCUACAGCAACUCUGAGCUUCCAUACGCCGUCCAGUUGGUGAUCGAGGAUUUUCCCACCCAGGACAUAAAUUUGAUUCAAACUAACGGAUCGCAGGUGGUGAAAACUACCAAUGACGCCAUCAGCAAGAUACCUCUACAGUUUGUUUUGAAAGUGGGUCCACCGGUGCCGUCCUGUGCAGAAGGCGACUAUCUGCCCAGAUUUCUGUCUCCAACUCCAGAACACAGAGCUCAGCUCUACGUCCCCGCUGGUCAGGCUCUGGUAAUCAGCAUCAGAGCUCAGGCGACUCAGUCUAACAUCACCGGCCUCCUGUACAGCGGACCUCACAACGCGGUGAAGGCUUCAUUGGGAUCAGGAAGCUUCUCUCUGACCUGGACGCCGUCUGCCAGUGAGGAUGGACAGAGCCACCCCAUCUGUUUCGUCGUCCAGGCAAAUUACUCGAACACUUUGCUGCACUCUGACCUCCGGUGUGUUAUCGUGACGGUUGGAAACGGCCCAUCGACGUCUACACCAGUUGUCUAUGGAACUACACCAAGCCCCCCCGUAACAAACUUAACAACAUCUGCUCCAGGACCAGAAUAUGUUAUCGCUCUGAACAUGAUGAUCUCUACCACGCUGUCGAUGGCGGAUAAUUCUGAUGCCAUCUUAGCUCUGAUUAAAAGCAAACUGAUUGAGAAAGGGCUGCCUUCAAACAUAAGUCUUCGCCUCCUGAGCAGCGGCCUGGUGGUCGUCACGACAUCGAGCCCCUAGAGGAACAACAUGAAGAACUAACUGAUCGCUACAGGAAAAUAUAUUCAGAAGACAUAAAUAUAUAUUUUUAAGGGGAUGAUUUUUAUCUUCUGGCAUUUGUAAAACAAUCAGUCAAUCUGUAUAAUUUUUUACUUUAUUUCAUAUGUUGAAAUAAAUGACUAUGGUUAAAACUGUUA